AUGGCCACUGCUCCCGGGGAGCGGCUGCGGGAGGAGGCUCGGUGCUCCGUGUGCCUGGACUUUCUGCAGGAGCCCAUAAGUGUGGAUUGUGGCCACAGCUUCUGCCUGCGGUGCAUCUCCGAGUUUUGCGAGAAGUCGGACAGCGCUCAGGGCGGCGUCUAUGCCUGUCCCCAGUGCAGGGGUCCCUUCAGGCCUGCCAGCUUCAGGCCCAAUCGGCAGCUGGCCAGUCUGGUGGACAGCGUGCGGCAACUGGGAUUGGGUACAGGACACCCAGGGACGCGCCAGUGCGCGAGGCACGGCGAAGACCUGAGCCGCUUCUGCGAGGAGGACCAUACGUUGCUGUGCUGGGUCUGUGACACUAGCCCUGAGCACCAGAGCCACCGCACUGAACCGCUGCAGGAGGCUGCCAGCCGCUACCAGAGGAUGCUCCGAGCGGCUUUGGAACUUGUGAGGAAGGACAUGGAGGAGGCUCUGAUGCAGGAGACCAACGUGGGGAAGAAGACUGUCAUUUGGAAGGAGAAAGUGGAGAUGCAGAGACAGCGCUUCAGGCUGGAGUUCGAGAAACACCGGGGGUUUCUGGCCCAGGAGGAGCAGCUGCAACUGAGGCGGCUAGAAGAGGAAGAGCGAGCCACCCUGCAGAGACUGCGGGACAGUAGGAACAGGCUGAUCCAACAGAACAAGGCCCUGAAGGAACUGGCUGAGGAGCUGGAGGAGAGGAGCCAGCGGCCAGCCCUGGGGCUGCUGGAGGGCGUGAGAGGAGUCUUGACCAGAAGCAAAGCUGUCACACGGCUGGAACCAGAGGUGAUCCCCUUGGAGCUGAAGACAGUAUGUCGCAUCCCUGGGAUGAGGGAGAUGCUGAAGAAAUUCCAAGUGGACGUGAAGCUGGACCCCGCCACUGCCCACCCCAGCCUGCUCUUGACGGCCGACCUGCGCAGUGUGCAGGAUGCGGAGGUCUGGAGAGAUGUCCCAAGCAACCCUGAACGCUUUGACACCUGGCCCUGCAUCCUGGGCCUGCAGAGCUUCUCCUCUGGGAGGCACUACUGGGAAGUCAUCGUGGGAGAAGGAGCAGAGUGGGGCCUAGGGGUUUGCCAAGACUCAGUGCCAAGAAAGGGGGAAACCACACCAUCUCCAGAGAACGGCUUCUGGGCCAUGUGGCUGCUGAGGGGAAGCGAGUACAUGGUCCUGUCCUCUCCCUCGGUGCCUACGCUACAAGAUGAGCGACCUCGCCGCAUUGGGAUCUUUCUGGACUAUGAAGCAGGCGAAAUCUCCUUCUACAACAUCACAAAUGGGUCUUACAUCUACACGUUCAGCCAUCUCUUCUCCGGCAUUCUCAGGCCCUACUUUUUUGUCUGUGACGCGACUCCUCUUAUCUUGCCACCCAUGACAGAAGCAGGACCUGGAAACUGGACCCCCAGAGGUCUCCUUGAUCUCGCUGCUGCUGUUAGAAGUGAGGACUGCUAAAACCACCCAGACGUGCUGUUCUUCACAGAGGCCCUGGGUGGAUGACCAUCAUGGCUGCAAACCACAGCCGUGCCAGCUCUGCGGCCCGUUCUGUGGAAAUUCUCCUGUGGGGACUAGGGAGUGGAUCUGGAGUGGUUCACACACCGAGGAGUGAAUGUGGACGGAAUGGCGGAGACGGCAGCAGGCUCAUCAAACCCCCUUGCCAGCCGUCUCGUC